GAACUUUCCAUUUUCCUUCGUUUUCAAAUGUUGGUUUCUUUGAAUUCUUGACUUUUAGCUUGUAUCUACAGAUAAAGGAAGAUGGGAGGUUGGGAUGACAAAAGUGGGGACGGCAGACGAAACAAAAAGACAGAAAAAAAGACUUCUCUCCUUCUCUCUCCCUCUCUCUGGACUCUUCUCCUUUCUAAAAGAACCCUGGCCGCAAGCCCUCUUGGACUCCGAUCUUCACCAUCCUCUUGCCGAUCAUCACUCUCAUCACCAUCACCCACGCCAACCACCAAGCAACUAGAAAGAAAGAGGAGAAAAAGUUCAGAUUUGGAGAUCUUGAUUUGGUUUUUGGAAAAAAGAAGAGAAACCGAAAAGAAAUUGGGAGGUGGAGUGGAUCCGGUCUCAGUCUCGCUCCUUCGCUGGAAGAUAGAUCAGGGGAAGAUUCUGGGUUGGAUUAGAGCAGAAUAGUGAGAUUGGAGAUUCGAUUCCUGGCAGGCUUACCGACCAAAUUUUGGCGUUUGCUUUGGGACAAUUGUUGCUCGAAUCUUGGCUAGGUAUACUCGAAAACAGAGGGAUUUUGGGAAGGGUAGUGAAGGAGACGAACGGAGCCUGGUCCCGUGGGUGGGAUCCCUCCCUUCUGAUCUGGAGCUGCCUUUCUUCAAAAAUUCCACCCCUUGGUUGUUUGCAUUUGAUGUCCUGUAAAUACCUUGAUGGUUGAUGCUUGAAUUCGUAUGAGAUUGCGAAGAAAUGAAUGACUAUUUCGUAAAUAGCUAUUUUCUUUCCUAUAGUUCAGUGACCGGUUGCUGGGAUUUGGAAUUGUGUAGGCCAUGGGAUUUUCUCUUGCUUGAAAUCGAGUUUGGCAGAAUAAAAUCCUAAAGUUUGU